AUGCUCCCCCUUCUCUUCGCCCUGCUUUCGGCGCUGGCGCUGCAAACCACCUCGGCUGCCUCCGUCUUCGCCCAUUUCAUGCUCAUGAACUCCUAUGCCUACGACGAAGACCAAUGGAAGACCGACAUCGCUGCUGCGCAGCAGGUCGGCAUCGAUGGAUUCGCGCUCAACUGGAUCCCGCCUAACUGCCAGGACGACGAGAGCUGGGCCAUCGAUAGAAUCGAUGAUGCUUUCCACGCCGCCGAAGACCUUGGCUUCAAGCUCAUGUAUUCCUUCGACAUGAGUUACACCGAAUGCAACCACUACUGGAACCAGACCUUCAUGCAAGACAUGAUCACCAAGUACGCCGGCAGCUCAGCAACCUACCGCUGGAACAGCAACAUUCUUGUAUCAACUUACGGCGGUGAUCAGGUCGAUGAUGUAUACGGCGACAUGUUCUUCCAAGGCCUCAAGGACCGCAUGAAGUCUUCGAAUGCCAUCACCCUGGUUCCCGCCUUGACCACCUACUCAAUGGCCGCUCAAACCGAUGCCUCCAAUGCAGCAUCCAAGCUGAUGUCCGAGUAUCCUUCAAUCGAUGGCUACUUCAACUGGCAAGCCUGGCCUCUUGAUGUUGAUAAGAACAUCACCGUCUCCCCCGACGUGGCGUUCCAGUCUGCCUUGAAGAAUGCUGGCCGGACCGGUCCUUACAUGAUGGCCAUGUCGCCCUGGCAGUACAAGGAUCUCAACAAUGGCAACCCACUCGACGCUUGGGUGGCAUACAGCGACAUGCUUUUCCCCAAGCGCUUCCAACAGAUCACCAGUAAUGACCAGAUCCAGCCCGACAUCAUCGAGAUCUUGACCUGGAACGACUUCUGCGAGUCUCACUACAUUCGCGAUCUCCCUUCUCAGGACAUUACUGCCAAGGACUACGUCGAGCUUGGAGAGAUGGGCGCUUACGUUUGGGGCCAGAACCAUGCCCCCUGGCGGAUAAUAGCUAAGUACUAUAUCUCCUGGUGGAAGAAUGGCAGCCCCCCACCCAUCACCAUGGAUCAGGUGGUCUUCUGGCACCGCAUUCACCCCAAGGGCACCGUCUGCACUGGUGGCUCUUCAAGUGGCAUUCGCAACAACGCCUUCCCCGAGGACGCGGUCUUUGCUUGGGCACUAGUGUCAGAGUCAUCAACCAUCUCCAUGUCGGUCGGCAGCAACAAAUACUGGACAUUCCGAGCCGACUCGAGCGGCCCAGCGAUGGCCAUGGUUCCAUUCCCGGCCUACGUAUCACAGAGCGGCGUCACACCAGAGGUGGCGAUCGUGCGCAACGGCGAGACGGUCCACACAGCCAAGAGCUCGCAACCCAUUUCCAGCGCCUGCGCUUGGCAGAACUUCAACCCCGUCGUCAACCUCGUCGGCGACGGCCUCAACUCAGGACCGUCAGCGUCUUCGUACUGA